UAAACUUCUAUGAAUAAAUCCUCGUGGUUUAUACGCGAUUCAGUAUACAUUUGGGAAUCCGUGGCGUACACUGAUUUUAACCUUGAAAGUACGUUAAUUUCUAUUACGUUUAGUGAAUAAAACUGGCGCAUCAGUUUUGGAUAUCGUAUCAUCCGCCUACUGGAGCUAAACAUCCAUCCAGUGGGGAUGAGACGCCACCCAUACCAGAAGAGGAACUUGAACAACAGAAAAUCGAACAUGAACGUCAAAUGCAAAAGGAAAAGGAGGUUCAGGCGAGAGAAGCUGAAGAAGUUAGAAAAUUAGAUUUAGAGCUAUUACACCAACGAGCAAUCGAAGCCGAAGAGGAACAGAAAAGAGAGAUAGCGGAGGCAGUGGAAGAGCUUCGUGGCAUGAAUACAUCAUGGUCACAUCAUCGACUCAGUGACCUACAGCGGCAAGCUGCCAGGUGGCGCCAUAGUCGCCCAUCGAUACCAGACACUACGAAACAUUAUAGGAACGUACUGAAAAAAGCAUGCAGUGCCCAGUUUGCGAAGCCACAAUCAAGCCAAAGCAUCAGUGAGAGCGAAGGCAUCUUUAUCAACCUAUCUCGAUUAGGGCCGUGCCGAGAUGAGUCUCUAGAUAGCGAUGGGUGCUGCGAAAAUCAUGGGUAUACCACGGGCACGGAAGCUAGAGCCUGGCGGGCGUCAGCUAGUGACGUUAAUCCUCGACGACGCAUAGACCUUGUGCGAGCUCCCUCGUGUCCUGGAUGUCGCGCCCCAAUCGCUUCCCUGGAUUGCAUGGAUGAUUUCAGUGCAAACUCACAGCAAAUGUUGGAUCAAGGUGAAAUGAACAUGUCUAGACAUAUGUCAACAUAUAUCGGAAAUCACACAGCCAUGCCUUCUGUAGUCACUCCUGGUCUGCGUUACAAAAACCUUGGUAAAUCUGGUCUCCGGGUACCUAACAUUGGCCUAGGUAUUUGGACUAUGCUCAAUGAGGAUUGCUCCGAAGACGUCGUUAUGACUGCUUUAGAAAAUGGGAUUAAUUUGUUCGAUUUAUCCGAAGCACAUUGCGCAAAAGGUGAAGCCGAACUUGGCCGAAUCCUCAAAAAGAGAAAUGUUAGGAGAACCAGCAUCAUUAUCACUACUAAAAUUUAUUGGAGCACCAACGACCAUGGACUGAAACUGAAACCGUCAGAUGAAAGAGGUUUAUCUCGUAAGCACAUAGUCGAAAGUGUUAAGGCAUCACUAGCGAGACUUCAGGUGGAAUACAUUGACGUUGUACUUUUGCACAAAGUUGAUCCUGUUUGCCCAAUGGAAGAGCUUGUUCGGGCCAUGAAUUUUGUUAUUAACCAAGGAUGGGUCAUGUAUUGGGGUACAGCGCGUUGGUCGCCUUCAGAGAUAAUGGAUGCAUAUACUAACUGUCGACAAUUUAAUUGCAUUACUCCAAUAGUAGAACAGACAGAAUACCACAUGUUUUGCAGAGAGAAACCCGAAUUGUACAUGCCAGAAUUAUAUCACAAAAUCGGAGUUGGUAUUAAUUGUAUACCAGGAACAAUGGCGUGGUCAGCCAUAACCACAGGCAAAGGACUAGGCCGUGAGGAGAUCACUGGUCUCUUCGCCAAGUCUCGCUUCAACAGAAAAUAUAGCACAUUUAGUUGGUGUGAGGAAGAUCUAGCCGUACCUGAAAUGCGGAGUUCAGGAAGCAAAGAGCAAGUUACUGGAGAGGAGCAUCGGACAUAUGGAGACAAACUUCGCGAUCUCUCGAACCUCGCAAACUCACUCAAUUGCUCCAUGAGUCAACUGGCAGUGGCAUGGUGUCUAAAGAACGAAUCCGUCAAUUGUCUACUGUUAGGUGCCAGCAGCGUUGAGCAAUUCAAAGAAAAUAUUCACGCUUUACAGAUUGUGCCGCAACUAACACCGUCCGUCAUGGUGGAGAUUGAAAAGCUGUUGGCGAACAAGCCACAGCGACCUCCGAUGGUGUCCACGCUUGCUAUGCGCAACCAGCAGAACAAUAGCAACACAGUCCGAGUGGACAUGACCGGUGCCAUGACAUCGGGAACUGGAUCACCGAAACCGGAAGGUGAUAAUGCAGCAGAAGGUGAAGCAUCCACACCCGGAAAAGAAUCCGGGAGAGCCUUCUGUGAGAUUCAGUGACCGUGGUGGCGCGGAAGCACUGACUCUGCUUCCAAAUCUAGUAAAUCAAAGGAAUCACUUAAGGAUACGAAACCAAAAUUCUUUUUGAACAAUGCUGGAGAAGUCAUCAAACGUACAGAACAAGAUGGAGUAUCAACAGAUGUAGUGAUAUCAGUAUCAUCAUUAAAAGGAAAACAACCUGCCAGUGGUGGCAGCAAGGUGAAAAAGUCUAAGUCGGACACGGCCCGACCGAGGUCCGCUUCAUUACAAAGGUCUUCGUCAGGACAACUGUCUGUUGCUAGGGACCGCAGGCGAUCUAGAAUGGACUUAUGUUCCCCUGCCGAUGUAUAAACAUGUAAAGCUUCCAUGAUAUAAAUGAUCGAUUUUAAAAUUCAACUAAAAAAAUCAAAUACCUCUGAACUACAGAAAGACGUGAAGAGGGCUGAAAUGGCAUCCGCGAAAGUGGUAAAAAACUGGAUAGUCCAUAACCUUUAUGAAUGUUUAAUUGUAAGAUCUGUGUUGGUUAAGAAAGUCAUUCUUAUGCGAAAUUAUCAGAUAAAAAUCUAUACUUUAGCUUAAAACAGAGACAACAGUCUUUGUAAAUUAAUUACUCUUAAUAACUUAGAGAGUAGCAUAAGUUAUCUCUUAAUUUUGUGCAAGUUAAUUACUUCUAUGCUACAUGCAUAGAGAGCGACGUAAAUUGUUGUUGUUCAAGUAGGCUUCUUAAAGAGGUAUAUGUGUAGUUACCGUUUUUUCAAUUUUAUUUCAAUAGUAGAUUUCAAAUUCUAAAUUAGAUAAAUUAAUUGACUUCUUAGAUGGUCUUUAAAAUUUAAAUUGUAUGUAGAAAUUUUAUUAUUCUCCAUGUGUAUCGUUCAUAUCGGUCCACGGUCUUGUGGUGUACGAAAAGGUUGAAAUGAUUCCUUUGAAUGUACUGAGCUCAGGGAGCUGGGUCUUUUUAUAUAAUAAAAAAAUAUUUGAAAUUGCUUUAUUAAUAACUUCUGCUUUCACUGGUCUGCAUUUCUCUUUCAAAGUUAGAAUUUCUGGCUUAAACAUAAUUCAGUUCUGAUUGCAUAGCAAUAUCACCAACACUAACGUUAACAAAAAAGGUCUUAACUAUUCUUUCUACUAUUUACUAUUAUCAACAAAGACCAUGCUCACUGCCAUUACAUGAAAUAUUUUAUUAUAUCCCCGAAUAUUUUUUUCAUUCAGUUACUUAAUUUUGUACUUCGGACGGAGUGUAGGGUCACCAGCACAAUAGCCUGAUUUCGACAGAUGCGCUAGGUACCUAUUGUAAUCCUCUUGUCGCCGAUGCUUCAAUAGCCCACUAGCAAUAAUAGUGGUACUAGUUAUCUAGAAACUACUAAACACAUAUGUAUGGACUUCUCUGAUUCUCUUAUAAUACUAUUUCUAUUAUAAUAUUCUAUAUAGGUACCUAAAAGAAAUGCAAACUCUGUUUCAUCCAAAAUAUGUUUUCCCAAAAAUGUUGUUUUUGUGCCAUGUAUUUUGGAAGCAACUAUUAUUACCAAAUAUUGUUUUUUGCAUAUAUUCAUAUAAUAGGUAUAAUAUAUAUUACAUGAUGUAUGUUUGGUGGAAAUUCAAUGUAAGGUAAGCUACAUUCUUUUUUUAUAUGUAUAUAUGUACUUAUUGAGAUACAAUUAUAUAUGUACUCGGAUGUCUGUAAAAUUUAUUAAAAUAAAAAUAUAAAAAUUCGUUCUAUGAUGUAUAUAAGAGGCACUAUACACUAUUAUAAUAAAAGUGUUAUUAAAUAUCUAUUUUUGCGGAGUCCAGUACCUGUUAUAAAAAAAUAGAGUUCAAUAUUUAUUUUUACAUUAAAUAAAUAUUAUAUACAUAAGUGUCUUAUAUAUCAACAUAAUUUUUAAUCCGGGAAGUCAAACGUUUCUAUGGAAUUUUAUAUUAUAGUAUAAAUAAUUUAAAUGUAUUUAUUUAUACAGUAACAAAACAAUAUUUAGUUAAUUUCGCUGUUAUAACACUUUACAAAUAAUAGUUUGUAUGCUCACAUAAAAAUGUGGAGCUCUUGCUUCAACCGUCCGUUUUAUAUUUUGCAUCUUUCAAAAUAAAGUUGACAUAGAAAAAUUUCGAAUAAUGUCGUUUGUGUAUCAAUAAAUAUGGUAAAAAAUAUUAAUAUAUUCUUUAAUACUUUUAAAUGGAUAUUUUCUUGUUAAUAAUCCUUUCAUAUCAUUAAAUACAGGUUAUGCACUUGCUAAUAUUCAAUGUCAUAAAUGUGUAGGGCUUCGUAAUUGUAUUAUCUGUUAUUAAUGUUUAAGCCAGAUGUAAUAUUUAUUAACAUAAUUAUAAUGUUUAAACAAA